AUGACACUAGAAUGUGUGGAUGAUGUGGUUUUGUUGAACGGAGAAAUACAGGGAAACAUGAAAAAAGUUGGAAGCAAAAUAAAGUAUAACUGUAACAGCGGGCUGAAAGAGCGAGAUAACAAGAAAAACGCCGAAUGUUUGGCGAAUGGUCAGUGGAGCCAGGCAGCAGAAUGUAUAUCAGCUUGCGGUGAAGUACCAGCCAUAGGCAAUGGUAAUAUUGUUAUUGACACAGUGAACAUAAACAAGGCGUUAAUAACCUGUGAUCUGGGGUACAAGCCCAAUCCGUCUAGUACGAUCACCUGCGUACAGGGAUCCAGCACCUGGGGAGGCCCGACGUGUGAACUUAUUGCGUGCGGGAGUCUACCGACAAUAGCACAUGGAGUCGCUACUCUAUCUGUACCGGGAGCCAGCCAAUACCAGGAUACUGCUGUAGUCACGUGUGAUGCCUGGUUCCAAACAAGCACUAGUCUAAUUACAUGUACAGCGUCAGGAAGCUGGACUUCAGCAAGUUGUACUGAUGUUAUGUGCUACCCAGGUACACCUUGGGAGUAUCAAGGACAAGUAAGUGUUACUGUCUCCGGUAGAACGUGUCAACGAUGGGAUACAAAUUUUCCGCACUAUGUAUGGGAAAAAAAUCUUCAAUAUUAUCCAGAGAAUACAUUGUCAGAGGCCAGCAAUUAUUGUAGAAAUCCGGAAUCAUCAUCAAACAAUCCAUGGUGUUACACAACAGAUCCAUUUAAAAAAUGGGAAUAUUGUGCUGAUCCUUGUGCAAACCAAGACUGCUCAAAUGAACGAACUUGUGAUACUUCCACAGAGACAUGCAUGCACAAAGAAUGUGUGGAUGAUGUGGUUUUGUUGAACGGAGAAAUUCUUGGAAAUAUGAAACAAGUUGGCGGAAAGAUAAAAUAUAUUUGUAAAAGUGGACUGAAUGAACGAGAUAACAAGGAAAACGCUGAAUGUUUGGCGAAUGGUCAGUGGAGCCAAACAGCAGAAUGUGUAUCAGCUUGCGGCGAGGUACCAACCAUAGGCAAUGGUAAUAUUAUCAUAGACACAGUGGACAUAAACAAGGCGUUAAUUACCUGUGAUCCGGGGUACCAGGCGAAUCCGUCUAGUACGAUCUUCUGUGUACAGGGAUCCAGCACCUGGGGAGGCCCGUCGUGUAAACCUAUUGUUUGUGGCAAUCCUGAUCCAAUAAGCAAUGGUAACAUUGCACUCACUGUGCCUGGCAGCUAUACUUAUCUAGAUACAGCAGACGUGACUUGCUCAUCCGGGUUCCAGGCAAAUGUGAAUUUAGUAACUUGUAAAAUUGACGGGGACUGGGAAACAGCAAGUUGUGACCGUAUAUCAUGCGGGAGUCUACCGACUAUAACACAUGGAGUCGCUACUCUAUCUGUACCGGGAGCCAGCCAAUACCAGGAUACUGCUGAAGUCACGUGUGAUGCCUGGUUCCAAACAAGCACUAGUCCAAUAACAUGUACAGCGUCUGGAAGCUGGACUUCAGCAAGUUGUACAGAUGUUAUGUGCUACCCAGGUACACCUUGGGAAUAUCAAGGACAAGUAAGUGUUACGGUCUCCGGUAGAACAUGUCAACGAUGGGAUACAAAUACACCGCAUCAAGUAUUGGAAACAAAUCUUCAAUAUUAUCCAGAGAAUACACUGUCAGAGGCCAGCAAUUAUUGUAGAAAUCCGGAAGCAGGAUCAUACAAUCCAUGGUGUUACACAACAGAUCCAUCGAAAGAAUGGGAAUAUUGUGCUGUGGUUCCAUUUAUGAAAGGUGUGUCAUUACCUAGAUGUGUGGAAGAAUGCGGACUACGCCAACACUGUGCGUCUCUCAAUUAUAGAAGGCACGAGCAUGUCUGCGAACUUUUUUCUUCCGCUGAAGAAGGGAAUGGAUAUAUGAAAGGUUGUUUAUUCAUUCCUGCAACAGAUAUAACAAUCAAACAGGAUCCUUGUGCAAACCAAGACUGCUCAAAUGAACGAACUUGUGAUACUUCCACAGGGACAUGCAUGCACAAAGAAUGUGCGGAUGAUGUGGUUUUGUUGAACGGAGAAAUUCUUGGAAAUAUGAAACAAGUUGGCGGAAAGAUAAAAUAUACCUGUAACAGCGGACUGAAUGUACGUGAUAACAAGGAAUACGCUGAAUGUUUGGCGAAUGGUCAGUGGAGCCAGACAGCAGAAUGUAUAUCAGCUUGCGGCGAAGUACCAACCAUAGGCAAUGGGAAUAUUAUCCUAGACACAGCGGACAUAAACAAGGCGUUAAUAACCUGUGAUCCGGGGUUCCAGGCGAAUCCGUCUAGUACGAUCUUUUGUGUACAGGGAUCCAGCACCUGGGGAGACCCGUCCUGUGAACCUAUUGUUUGUGGCAAUCCUGAUCCAAUAAGCAAUGGUUACAUUGCACUCACUGUACCUGGCAGCUAUAAGUAUCUAGAUACAGCAGACGUGACUUGCUCAUCAGGGUACCAGCCAAAUGUAAAUCUUAUAACUUGCAAAUUUGACGGGGACUGGGAAACAGCAAGUUGUGACCGUAUAUCGUGCGGAAGCCUGCCGACAAUAACACAUGGAGUCGCUACUCUAUCUGUACCGGGAGCCAGCCGGUACCAGGAUAAUGCUGUAGUCACGUGUGAUGCCUGGUUCCAAACAAGCACUAGUCUAAUUAAAUGCACAGCGUCUGGAAGCUGGACUUCAACAAGUUGUACUGAUGUUAUGUGCUACCCAGGUACACCUUCGAAAUAUCAAGGACAAGUAAGUGUUACAGUCUCCGGUAAAACGUGUCAGCGAUGGGAUCAAAAUACACCGCAUAACGUAGAUGUAACAUAUCUUCAAUAUUUUCCAGGGAACACACUGUCUGACGCCAGUAAUUAUUGUAGAAAUCCCACAGCAGGAUCAGACAAUCCAUGGUGUUACACAACAGAUCCAUCGGAACCAUGGGAAUAUUGCGCUGUGGUUCCUUGA